AGCCGCCUCUCCGGAGUCCGGACCCUCCUCCCCAGCCGGUUCCUGAACGCCUCGUUUCUCUGCGGCGCGGCCGUACCCGAUCUGCCUGAUGCUCACGCUCUUUUAUUCUGAAUCAGAAAAAGGUGAAUAAAUGGUCUAAGAACUGCAUGAAGUAACAAACUGCAUAACCACAGGUGCCUUGCAGUGAAGAAUGUGAUAGUUUGAGUUGAAGGUAAGUAGAAUAUCAGAGGUGAAUAACAGUAUGAUUGUUUGUAAUGGUAUCUCUGGUCAGAAAUGAGCUACAUGGUAUGCUCACAGUUUGCAGUCUCGUGGUGAUAAAUUUUAGCUGGAUGACCCAUGAGCACCAUGGCAUUGAUAAUGCUCUGGCCUAUAUCUGCAGCAUCCUUGAAGAACAAGAUUUCCCCACCAUACCUGUGUUUCUUCUGGGUGACCAGGCUGCAGCUUAAGCUGGUAGUGUUCUGUACUAAGCUGUGUAAGAAUUUAUGUGUUGUGCCUGGAAUAUAUAAGACUAGACUUUGAACCUUUCCUCUGCCAUGGGAAAUUUGAUUCUUUCUAUCAGACCACCAGGGCCAGUCCUAUAAAUACCACUGGGGAUCCCUCCGUAAGAUUUACAAAAGACCUGAGAGAAAGAAUAGAAGUGACAGUAAUGCCUUCUCUUGUUGUGCAGUCUGGAAGCUCAUUAUGGGUAAAUGGAAAAUCUGAUUUAACCUUGUCCUUGUCUGGAACAAAAACUGAGUAAAAUACACUUAAAUUUCGUUAACAACAUUUGAAUAGUGAUUUGACUAAAACUUGUUGAUACUUCCCAGAGGCGAUUUUGCAUGCCAACUGUUGGCAACUAAAAAUGCAUAUAGCUUUUCCCUUUUGGGCAAGAUCUGUGAUCUUCUUUUAGAAGAAUGGCAUUUGUGAAACAAAUUAUUAGUAAGUUUCUGUAAAAGCCUCCCAGAAUGUAUUUUGAGAAGAGUUUAAGUAAAUUAUUAAGUAGGGUUGUUUUUAAUUAUUACUUACUGUUCUAGCUGAUCUUUGCGUAGUGCCUGUUGAUUCCUAUAAUGCUGACGUGCUUUUUCUUGCUCGCUGAGAAUGUAUUCUUUAAAUCGACGUUGCUCUUCCUCAUAAUCUCUCUUUUUGUUAUCAGCUAAUCUUGACUUUAGAAAUUCAACCUGAGCAUCUCUUUCUUUUAGGACCUUAGUAAGUAGAAAGGCACCCUGCAAGAGAACAUUAAAAGUAAUUUUCUUGUUCAGAAGUCUUUAAAGACAUACAGUAUAAUUUCAAUGUAAAAGUUGUCAACAAACAUGGAAAUGUCUCAUUCUGUCGUCCUGAUAAAGUAGGUGAAGACAGCCUCACCAGAAGUAAAGGCGCACUGAUGCGGCCGCGCCCUGCAGCAGGCAUCUGCCAAGCCCCUCGCUCUUCCCCAGCUGCUGCCCUUGGAGGUUACUGGACCUGUGCUGCGUUCAGCUAUGAAAUUUCUGUUGGUUUUUGAUUUUGACCAUACAAUCAUAGAUGAAAAUAGUGACACCUGGAUUGUGAAAUGUGCUCCUGAAAGAGAACUUCCUAGUGGAUUAAGAAACUCUUACCAACCAGGACAUUGGACAGAAUAUAUGGGCAGAGUCUUUGUCUACUUGGGAGACAAUGGUGUCAAAGAAGAUGAGAUGAAAAGGACUAUGACAACAAUUCCUUUCACUGCAGGAAUGAUAGAUCUUCUGGGAUUUAUUGGCGAGAACAAGCAGUUGUUUGAUUGUAUAAUUGUUUCAGAUUCUAAUACAGUAUUUAUUGACUGGAUUUUGAAAGCUGCUGACUUCCAUAAAGUGUUUGAUGAAGUGUUUACAAACCCUGCAGCAUUCAGCAGUACUGGCUAUCUUACUGUACAGCACUUCCAUGCUCACCAUUGUGCAAAGUGCCCUAAAAACCUUUGCAAAAGGAAAGUUUUAAAAGAAUUUCUUGAUAAACAGUUGGAGCGAGGAGUGAGUUAUACACAAGUUGUAUAUAUAGGUGAUGGUGGAAAUGACUUAUGUCCAGUAACGUUUUUGAAGAAGAAUGAUAUUGCUAUGCCCAGGCAGGGGUAUACCUUGGAGAAAAAGAUUUCUCAGCUGGCCCAAAGUCUCAGUCCUGUACAGUGUUCUGUUCUGGUUUGGUCAUCUGCGAUCGACAUUAUGUCUUACCUGAAACUAGUUAUAAAGGAAUGAUUCAAAUGAUAAAAGGAAACGGGUGCAGUUACAUUUUAACUUAUUGGGAGAAAAAAACUGCAUGUGUAUAAAAGCUCAAAAUUGUAAAAUUGGGCUAUUAUCUGAAAUUACGGGUUUUUUAACCACAACAUAAAACCGUUUAUGUUCAAUCCUGGUAAUAAUGCGAAAGUGCAGUCAAAAGGCCUUCUAACAGUACAGAUUCCAGCUAAGUGGAGAAGGGGGUUUGGGACAGGAGUUGUCAUUUGUUUUUUCUACUCCUUCCCCCCUAACCUUUUACCAAGUAUUAAACUGAUUUUUGCAAUCCCACACACUUAGGGGAAGGAGUAGGAUUACUAUUCAAAUGAAUGAAAUUCUUUAGUUAGAAAACAUUAGGUCCCAGGAGCAUGGUUCUGGAGCUGUUCGCUUUCAUACUUCUUUCAUCUGAUGGCAAAUUAUUUGUUGUAAUCUUGUUUAAUCCGAAGACACAUUUAUAUUUUCAAUUGACUAAAUAUUUUGCCAAACAAAAUUACUUUUUAAUGGUUUGUAUUAUCUUGUAUUGUAAAGACAAUAAAAGUUGCUGUUACUGACAAAUGCAACACAACUAA